AAAGAGAGGGAUGCUGAAGAGGAGGGAGGGGAUGAAGAACGGAGCAGGAGCUAGCGUGAGCUGACACAGGUCACCGUCUGAGUGCAAUGGGGAUGGAAAGCACGCACGAAUGCAGCAGGCACAGCAUGGAUGCAGCCUUUGUGUGCAGCCGAAGAUCAGGUUGUCCUGGCUCCUCCAGGCGCUUCGCGGGACACUGAAGACGAGCUCACAAUAAUGUCAGUCUCCAUGGUAACAGAGACAUACCAGUCAUGGGACUGGUCUGCAGUCUCUGAGACCCCAACAGUGAGAAACAUCACGGAGCUGGAACGGGACCCCCUCCUGGCCGUGGCGGAGGUGGUGGUGCUGGCAGUCAUCCUGCUGCUGGCCCUGACUGGGAACGGGUUGGUGCUGGUGGUGUUGCUGAAGCGGAGGCAGCACCAAAGUCCAAUUCACCAGUUCAUGCUGAACCUCUGUGUGGCUGACCUGGUGGUUGCACUGUUCCAGGUGCUACCUCAGCUGGUGUGGGAUGCAAAGGGUCGCUUUCCUGGCCCGGACUUCUUGUGCCGCCUGGUGAAAUACCUCCAGGUUCUUGGGAUGUUCGCCUCCUCUUACAUGAUUGUAGCCAUGACUGCGGAUCGCUAUUAUGCGAUCUGUUGCCCCUUGGAGGCGCACCGCAGUGGGCCAACAAAGCGUUGGAACACUUUCAUAUUUCUGGCCUGGAGUCUCUCCCUGCUGCUCAGCUUGCCACAGGUUUUUAUCUUCUCCCGUUCUGAAGUGGCUCCUGGGGUCUAUGAAUGUUGGGGACACUUUGCCCCAACCUGGGGCCUCAAAGCCUACGUGACAUGGAUGGCCAUGGCCAUCUUCAUCAUCCCUGUCCUCAUCAUCACUUAUUGUCAGGUGAGGAUCUUCAAAGAGAUUCAUCACAGUCUGUACAGGAAAUCCGAGCGCCGCCUGUCCCCCACGUUUCCUCCUCUGUCUAGACCAGACUGUGAGGAUCUAGAAGGAGGACAAGAGAGGUCUGGCAUCAAGGUUAAGGUCUCACCUCCUACUGUCAAUAACCCUGGGAGUCACAGCACCUCUGACGCUGCAGUCUGUCAGACCCUCCCGAUGAGUGCGCUCAGAUCCAGCGCCAUGGCCUCACAGUGUGAAACAAACAGUUGCUGUGCUGCGUCCUCUACUGUUUGCUCAACACACCCUCACAAAGGCCCACCACCCAGGGGUAGGGACGUAACAGCUGCCAUGUCAAAAACUGUCAGGAUGACCCUGGUCAUCGUUCUGGUCUACUCCAUCUGCUGGGCCCCGUUCUUCAGUGUGCAGCUUUGGGCCGCAUGGGACCCUGACCCCCCUCAGAGAGGUACAGCGUUCACGCUGCUGAUGCUCUUGGCCAGCCUGAACUCGUGCACCAACCCCUGGAUCUACUCCGCCUUCUCCAGCAGCGUCUCUUCGGAGAUCCGUCUGCUGCUGCUCUGUCGGACGCCGUCGCAUAGACAAAGCUCUGUCCCAAAUGACUCCACAGCGACACAUACCUCCAACUCCUGAUGACCCGACAAACCGUUGCUCAUCAGCAAGUCUGUUAUCAAAGGAAUAGUCAA